UACUCUGACGUAACAAAACUCGAUCUCGGGGAUCUCGGGAUUUUCUGUCAAUCUACACACGCCACACCUCCUCUUCAUUUGGGCCAACUGGUUUCGAGCAUAGCGACCCUCUUGACCACCGCGGUAGGCGCUCGUUUGGAUUUUUGGAAGCGUGCGCAAGGAGUUGGGUCAGCAAAACAUGGCGACAAAUAGCAGAUCCAUUCGCUCUCUCUGCUGGGUUUCGGCCGUGGCAGCUUUGUUUUGUUUGGGUUUCAUCGCCGGCUGGUUUGCAAAGCCCACCCACCCAAACUAUACAAACGGCGCCUCCAGUCAAUAUUUGUUGGAGUUUCUGGAUGAAAUGCAGCCGAGCAAGAUCAGAGAGCAUCUCAGGAAAUUUACACGUCUUCCCCAUCUGUCCGGCACAGAGCAAAACCUGAUAUAUGCGGAACAGAUUCAGAAAGAGUGGCAGGAAUUUGGCUUGGACUCAGUGGAGAUGGUGCCAUAUGACGUCCUGCUGUCUUACCCCAAUGUAUCGCAACCCAAUUACAUUGCAAUUGUCGAUGCACAAGGCAAUGAGGUUUUCAACACAUCCUUGGCUGAGCCCAUCCCUGCAGGUUAUGAAGACGUCGCCAACAUUGUGCCUCCGUACAGUGCCUACUCUGCCCAAGGACAACCUGAGGAGGACUUGGUCUAUGUCAAUUAUGGCCGCACUGAAGACUUUUCCCAGUUACAGCGGCAGAUGGGAAUUAAUGUGACUGGCAAGAUUGUCAUUGUCAGAUAUGGGAAGAUAUUCCGGGGCAAUAAGGUGAAGAAUGCUAUGUUAGUCGGGGCAAAGGGACUCAUUCUGUUCUCUGAUCCAGCUGAUUACAGUGCAGAUGGUGUCAAGCCGUAUCCUGAAGGCUGGAACCUUCCGGGUGGUGGCGCUCAGAGAGGAAAUGUCAUGAACCUGAAUGGAGCGGGAGACUCUCUCACCCCUGGCUACCCUGCUAAAGAAUACACUUACAGAUCCCGUCCUGAGGAUGGAGUGGGACUUCCCAGCAUCCCCGUGCAUCCCAUCGGCUACCACGAUGCAUUUCACAUCCUCAAGAAUAUGGGGGGACAAAUUCCUCCAAAUGACUGGAAAGGAGCUUUAAAUGUUUCCUACAGGAUCGGUCCAGGUUUUACGGAUGACUUCAAGAGCCAGUUCGUGCGCAUGAACAUCCACACCAACAAUCAGGUGGGAAGGAUCUACAAUGUCAUUGGAAAGAUAAGAGGAGCGCUUGAGCCAGACAGGUAUGUCAUUCUGGGUGGACACCGAGACGCCUGGGUUUUUGGAGGGAUUGAUCCCAUGUCAGGAGCUGCUUUGGUCCAUGAAACUGUCCGAAGCGCUGGGAGGCUUCUAAGUAAGGGCUGGAGGCCGAGAAGAACAAUAAUAUUUGCCAGCUGGGAUGCAGAGGAAUUUGGACUGCUGGGCUCGACAGAAUGGGCAGAGGACAAUGCCAAACUGCUUCAGGAGAGAGCGGUGGCCUACAUCAAUGCAGACUCUGGCAUAGAGGGUAUGUACACACUCAGGGUUGACUGUACGCCAUCUCUACACACACUAGUGUACGACCUCACUAAGCAGAUAGCCAGUCCAGAGAUAGAAGAGGAAGGAAUUUCCCUGUAUGAAAGUUGGCAUAAGAAAGACAACUGGACAAAUGAGCGUGAUGCGCCCAGGAUCAGCAAGCUGGGCUCGGGAAGUGAUUUCGAAGCCUAUUUUGUCCGUCUGGGAAUUGCAGCGGGCAGAGCAAGAUACACCAAGAACAGGAAAAUCGAGCGAUACAGCAGUUACCCCGUCUAUCACACGGUGUAUGAAACCUUCGAGGUUGUGGAGAAGUUUUACGACCCUUCGUUCACGAGGCUUCGGGCUGUGGCUCAAGUAAGAGGCGGGCUCGUCUUCCUCCUAGCAGAUUCCCAGAUCAUCCCUCUGGAUGCCAACCAGUAUGCCAUCUCCCUCAACACGUACGCACGCAGCAUUGCAGCGAUCGCACAAACACACCGGGAGGAGAUGCGGUCGUACGAGGUGUCAUUUGACUCCUUGUUUUCAGCUGUUGAAAAUUUCACCGUUGCAGCGAGGGAGUUUCACGAGCGCCUAGAAAACGUCAACAGAGCAGACCCUCUGCAGGUACGUGCAAUAAACGACCAGCUCAUGUAUCUGGAGAGGGCCUUUAUAGACCCCUUGGGCUUACCCGGAAGACCAUUCUACAGGCAUGUGGUAUUUGCUCCAAGCAGCCAUAAUAAAUAUGCAGGGGAGUCUUUCCCGGGCAUCUACGAUGCAUUGUUCGACAUUGAGCACUCGGCGGACCAAGAGAAGGCCUGGAAUGAAGUUAAACGACAAAUCAGCAUAGCAGCAUUCACUGUGCAUGCUGCUGCCAUGACGCUUAAACCGCCUGCAUGAUUUGAAUGAACAUUGUAUCUUUGUUCAUCUAUGCCGGCAACUUAUAGCGACAUAAACAAAAUUAAAUGAUCUAUUACACACCAGGAAGUGUAUAAUAUACCUACAUCCAGUAUUUUUGACAUUUGUUUGGUGGUGUACCUCCAGUUAUUGAACUUUGUAAAAUAUGUGCCUCGGCGCAAGGGUUGGCAAAAAUCAUUGGAGUAGAUGAUGAAUUGAGAAUUUAGUAAAUUUAUGCCACCUGUGUAGGUAUGGCAACUGGUUUAUUAAAUGAUGGGUGUAUUUAUG